CUGGUCCUUCCUGCCAGCGGCGAUCGCUGCUGCAGCAGCGGCAGCGCACAGCAAGAACUGGGUCUUUUUGCUCAGGCUACAAGAAACUCUUGUUGCACCCUCCUCCCCCAUUAGGAGGCUUUUCCUUCUGGUUUCCCCUCCCCCCCACCGCACUUUCCCCCCUCCCCCAUUGGAGAAUUUCAUGCUUCUGUUAGCACCUUUUCAUAAUCCAGGGGACGUGACGGUCCAGAGCUCCAACUGCCUCAGCUGAAUUCUACUUUUGUUUUUAUUUCUCCCUCGCUUCCUCUUGUUUCCCUCUAAUCUGAUUCAUCUGCGAAGUCUGAUGCUUCUGCCAGAGGGAGCGAGGAAUAAAUAGAUGCUGCUGCCCCAGAAGGCUUAGACGUCGGGAAAGACCAGCCAGAGCGGCAGGGGCGGCGGCGGCCGGAGCUUGGCGGAGCUCGUGGGACCCCAUUGGGGGAAUUUGAUCCAAGGAAACUGAGCUCGUCGGGGGAGGAGAAGCUCCCAGGUCGUUGUGUCCACUUCCAGGGGGGAAGAGGGGACUGCGAAGCCGGCCGGUCGGCGUCCUCGGCUCUGCUGCGCCCUGCCCCGUCCUGCCGGAAUCAUGGUCUGCGGCGGUCCGGGAGGGAUGCUGCUGCUGCGGGCCGGGCUGCUCGCCCUGGCCGCGCUCUGCCUGCCCUGGGUACCCGGAGCAAGAGCUGCAGCCUGUGAGCCCGUCCGCAUCCCCCUGUGCAAGUCCCUGCCCUGGAACAUGACCAAGAUGCCCAACCACCUGCACCACAGCACCCAGGCUAACGCCAUCCUGGCCAUUGAGCAGUUCGAAGGUCUGCUGGAGACCCACUGCAGUCCGGAUCUGCUCUUCUUCCUCUGUGCCAUGUACGCGCCCAUCUGCACCAUUGACUUCCAGCACGAGCCCAUCAAGCCCUGCAAGUCAGUGUGUGAGCGGGCCCGGCAGGGCUGCGAGCCCAUCCUCAUCAAGUACCGCCACUCGUGGCCCGAGAGUCUGGCCUGCGAGGAGCUGCCUGUUUACGACCGUGGCGUGUGCAUCUCUCCCGAGGCCAUCGUCACCGCGGACGGAGCGGAUUUUCCUAUGGAUUCUAGUAAUGGCAACUGUAGAGGGGCCAGCAGUGGUUGUUAUCACCCAGAUGAAAAUAAAGAAUAUUUCCAUCAUCCCGAAGAAUUCCCUUGUACCCAAUCACCCACCUCACUGAGAGAACGCUGCAAGUGUAAGCCUAUUAGAGCUACACAGAAGACCUAUUUUCGAAACAAUUACAACUAUGUCAUUCGGGCUAAAGUUAAAGAAGUAAAGACCAAGUGCCAUGAUGUGACCGUAGUAGUGGAGGUGAAGGAGAUUCUAAAGGCUUCCCUGGUAAACAUUCCAAAGGAAAACAUUAACCUUUACACCAGCUCUGGCUGCCUGUGUCCUCCACUUAAUGUUAAUGAAGAGUAUAUCAUCAUGGGCUAUGAAGAUGAGGAACGCUCCAGAUUACUGUUGGUGGAAGGUUCUAUUGCUGAGAAAUGGAAGGAUCGACUUGGUAAAAAAGUUAAGCGCUGGGAUACGAAGCUCCGCCAUCUUGGACUCAAUAAAACCGAUUCAAGCACUAGUGAUUCCACUCAGAGUCAGAAGUCUGGCAAGAGCUCCAACCCCCGGCAAGCACGCAACUAAAUCCGGAAAUGCAGAAAGAACACCAGUGGACUUCCUACUAAGACUCGCAUUGCUGGACUAGCAAAGGAAAAUUGCACUAUUGCACGUCAUAUUCUAUUUUUUACCACAAAAAUCAUGUGGUAACUGAUAUUCCUUCUAUUUUUUCUUUUGUUUUCUGUUUUUCUCUUCCCUCUUUUUUUUCUGUGGUCUGAGUGCAGCUCCUUAAAUAUAUGUAUUCUGUUUCACUAAUCCUGGGAAAACUGUUCUUUGCAAUAAUAAUAAAUUAAACAUGUUGAUACCAGGGCCUUUUGGUUGGAGUAAAUGUUAAUUUGCUGUUCUGCACCCAGAUUGGGAAUGCAAUAUCAGAUGCAAAGAGAGAUUUCUGGUAUACACAGAGAACUAGAUAGUCUGUAAAACAUAGUCUGCUCAUCUAAUUACAGCCUCAUUUUCACAUGCCUUCUGGGCAUUCUCCUCACGCUUAAAAGUUCUGAAUGUUUAUAAAGGUAAAAUGGCAGUUUGAAAUCAAAUGCCACACAGGCAAAGCAAUCAAGCACCAGGAAGCAUUUAUGAGGAAACUACACACAAGAUAAAUUAUUUGCAAGAUUGGCAGGAAGCAAAAUAAAUAGUGCUAUGAGCUGGGGAGGGAACAUUUUGCCUGAUUGAGAAGCACAACUGAAACCAGUAGCUGUUGGGGUGUUAACAGUAGCAUUUUUCUUUUGGCAACACAUUUGGUUUGUUUGUGAAUAUAUUAACCAGCACUAGGGAAGUGAAUUGUAACUAGACAUUUGCUGUAAUCAGCAUAGCUCUGUUAAGUUUGCUUCCCUUUAAACAAACUCAUCGGUGUAAGGUUUUUUUUUUCAUCUUUUAAAAUAAAUCUUGACUUACUGCAUUGACCAGGAAAAGAAAGUAUGCAUGCAUGUGCACCAGGGAGCUAUUUUUGAAAGAUAUAUAGCUCUGUAAAAUGCUAAGGUUUGCAGCAUGGUAAAAUGUGCAAGGGUGUGCAUGCGUGUGUGUGUGUGUGAAUGUGUGUAUGUGUGCACUCACGCCCAAACUGGACUGAAUUACAGGCCUGUACUUGAUCAUUUGGAUUUGUGCUAUUUAAUGCUCAGUAAAAUAUACCGAAUAAAAGGAAUUAUAGUUGUCA